UCCACCUUGCGAGGCACUGUGCGAGGACAAUGGCGUAGGAAUAACCGUCGCGUGUGUUUCGACAUCAGCUGAUGAACUUGAUGAAUCUUUUGCGUUAUAAAAACACACGAACCGACCAUUGCUCUCCAGUGUGUCAUGGCAGUACAUCGUGUCGCGUUGUCGAUGCCGUAAUGUGUCAACGUUCUUCAUCGUCAUCCGAGCGUUAGCGCAAAGAGAGUUUUUCUGUCUGUUUCAACGAUUCGUCAAGGUCCAGUGUUGUCAACGUCAGGUUGUGUUUUCGUUGUGUCUCUCGUAACUUAUGUUAACGAAACACAAGUGUGUCGCUGCGCUCUUAUACAUCAUUUAAUAUUUUGAUAUAAAUAUGGGAGGAGCUGUGAGUAGUGGACAUGACAAUGACGAAUUAGUAGACAAUUUAAUAGAUUCGGGAUACAUCAAAACAAAGGAAGUGGAGCAAGUAUUUAGAGCUGUGGACAGAGCCGACUAUGUUUUGUCCACUUAUCGAGAAAGUGCUUACAAGGAUUUGGCUUGGAAACAUGGAAACAUACAUUUAUCUGCUCCCUGUAUAUAUAGUGAAGUAUUGGAGGGACUCUGUUUAGAACCAGGCAUGAGUUUUCUCAAUCUUGGAUCGGGAACAGGCUAUCUCAGUACAAUGGCAGGACUAUUGUUACAACAACACGGGACAAAUCAUGGAAUUGAAUUACACGAAGAUUGUCUAAGAUAUGCAUAUGAAAGACUGGAAGAGUUCAAGCAAAAAUCAUUGGCCUUGGAUGAGUUUGAUUUUUGCGAACCAAUGUUUAUACAAGGAAAUUGCCUGAGUAUCAUACCUGGUAGACAAUACGACAGAGUUUAUUGCGGAGCGGCUUGUCCCGAAAGUCACGAGACUUUUAUCAAGCAAUUUGUGCGUGUGGGUGGUAUAUUGGUAAUGCCUUACAAGGAUCAGUUGUUAUGUUUGAAGAGAACGGAACAUGGUUGGUCGCAGCAUUCACUGCUUCCAGUGUCUUUUUCGACUCUAGUCGUGCCUCCACCCUCAGAACAAAACUUGCUUCAUCUACCGGAAUGUAAUCCUCUGUCACUGCAAGAGCUAUGUCGCAGUAAAAUCCGACACCGUUUACGUCAAAAUAUUUGGUUUGAACACUCGAAUCUCGAGGUGAAAAAACGUAUAUUGCCAAUACAUCAGAGACAGUCCGCGCAGCAGCGUACCCUCAGUCGUUUCGUUAUACCUAUUUUUGAGGAAUCCGACGAAGCUCUAACCGACGACGAGCAAGACAUUGCCGGUCGAGCGCGUCUUUUGUUGAACGUGAAUUCCCAUCCUGUAGACGCAAUCACAACGACACUGCAAUUGGUGCGAGCUGUCAUACAACCGAAUCAGAACGACGGCGAGGAAAAUCAGCGGAUCUCAAAUGAGCAGAAUGAGCGAGUUUCGAGCGAGGAGAAUCAGAAUUCGAAUGAAGAGAAUCAGCGAGUUCCGAACGAAAGAGGCGAACACGCAUCGAGCGAGGAGAACCAACGCGUUUCUGACGAGGAUGAUCGGCAGAACGACAUAAACGAAGAUACACCUCAAGAUACUGCGACAAACACGAGCUUCCACGAACGCGAACAGAAAAGAAAAUUCUUUCGUAGAAUUCCUCUUCGUUCGAAUGCGGAUACGGACGACACCGAUAUGGGUCACAGCUCUUCAGCGACUGCCGAUGUAAAUGAGAACAAUAACGAGGAACGGAGAUUUGUGUAUCCCGAUACGAGUGACAACGAGAGCGACGGUGAACAGGAAAGCGUUUUUAUGCAACGUGAGAAAAUUGCGAAACGCAAAAAAACAGACAGUGGCAUAGUCGACGAUGUGAACCUCAGCGAGGAAGGGAGUUCCACUAGUUCGAAUACCAAUCACUCGGAUUCGGAUAUCACUGAUACGACGGACACGGGCGAGCCGAUGGAUGUUGAUUUGCCCGAUCUUGCGGUUUACGAUUCAUACAAAAGCACGUACAGCUCUCUUCGCUCCUCGCCGAAAGAUUCGAAUUCCCGCAAGAAGUUUACUUUCGGGCAUUAUGUAGAUAGCGACGCGUUCGCUCUUCAUAUGAGGAAAAAGAUACAACAGUUACCGUUGCCUUUCUCAAUAAAAGUGUACAUGAAUUAUAACCGAAAAUUAUAAACAAAAAAAAAAGAUGUUAUUCUCUUAUUUAAAUAAAUACAUAAUACUUUUUA